AUGCCAGGCUUCCUGGUACCCUGUCCUCCAGUGAGGCUAUGCGUGGGUCUUACGUGUGUCCUGUCCCUUUGGAACACAGUGUCUGCUGUUAAAGGAGAAGCCAAGAAGGGAAAGGUCAUGACCUUCCUUCCCACAACAGCUCCUGGCCUUGGAGAAGAGAGGAAGGAAAAAGGGGUGGCUUUUCUGGAUACCACAGAGCUGCCUGCAAGGUCGGUCGAUCUGUCCGCCCUGAACCUGACAGAGCUGGUGAACGGAAUGCUGAAUAGAGCUUUAAAAGAUACCAAGUUCUUCUCCUUGCUGAGCAUCACUUCCUACAGCUCCUUUGCCUUCCACAAGUUUUCUGUGACCAUUUACAAUAUUUCCAACCUGAAGACUGUGGACGCCACCAGAUUUCCCACCCGGUACUGCUACUGCCUGAACAACAGGACCAAUGACUUAUCAGAUUUCACAGCCCUACUGGUGGACGUCAUCGGAAAUUCUACCAGCUACCUCACAGAGAUUUUUAAGUCAACUUCCAUCCUCUCAGUGAGUCAAACGAACGAAUCUGACUGCAUCUUCAUCUGUGUGAUGACAGGAAAGUCAGGAAGGAAUCUUUCUGACUUCUGGGAGAUGGCGGAGAAAUCUCCUGUCAUCAACUACACAUUCACCAGCAGCAUGUCUGGUGUUCUGGGUGAGUCUCCCAGGGGCACGGCCGUGACUUCAAAGCUUACACCCACGAGCCAGCAGACACUACAGGGGACAAGCCGCCUGCACGGAGCUCAGAGCACCAGGGCACCUGCUCCUAGAACCUCUCCCUGGACAGAGACAACGUCCCCUGCAGAUGGACAACAGGCCGUGAGCACAGACAGGCUUCUGGAGCUCCACGCCAGGGCCACGGCCAUGGCCACGCAGGGCAGUGCCCCCCGCACCCUCCCAGCCUUGGGGGGCUUAAGUCCUGUGCCCGAAGAGGAAUCCAAAAAAGAUGUCAAUCCCCUCCACCCCGAAGAAAAUGGCAAGAUUGCCCUGCGGAGGGAUGUCAUAGUUGUCUGUACAUGUGUGAUGUUGCCCAGCUCGGGUGCGAAUGCAGUGGUCCGCUUGGAGCAGAAGCGGGGUCUAAUUAUUAGCUGGUUUCCAGUUGCAUCUGACACAAUGUAUCACAGCUACCCCCAGGACUUGCCCAUUUCCUAUGCUACCCUGGACGAGCCUCCACUGCAGGUUCUAUCUCUUACUCAGUUCUGCAUCCUCACCGCCCUGCGGGAACCGCCCUGCCGGGUACCGGGCUUAAUAACCACCAAUGGAACUUCUACCCAUGGCACACAGACCCCGAGUCCAACCAAGGCACUGGCCCCGAAAUAUCCACAGAAAGGUGACCUUCCUGCGGCAUGGCCAUUUACCCCUAGAGAAGAGCCAGCCCUGGUCCCAGGACCCCACCAAGUCUCAAGGUGUCCUCAGCUGCUCCUCGAAGAGGGGGCCAUCACCACCAUUCCCCUCACCCUGGCCAUCCAGAAGCUCAACCCUUGCCUGAUGGAGCUGUGCCGCUUUUUCCAGCAAUGCCUCUGCAUAAGCCAGAAGAGAGAGACCAGGACGGAGGCCAUGAGGUACUGUCUUGAAUACUAUUCCUGGUUUCUGAAGAACGCAACAUACAUCUGUCAGAGGGUGAAAAGGGUGCCCCACUCCCACACCUUAAAACAAAAAUGCCUCCAGAAUAUCUGCCAGUCGGUGUGA